ACUAAAAGCUGGGAACUUUCAGAUCACCCACACACAUCACACUGGCACCAGUGUGUUUUUGUCAUUUCAGAGGAUACUUACUUUUAUAUGCUUUAAACCCAUUUGUUGAGGUCAUUCCAGUGAUGAGGGCGAACAUAUCCUUUUACACGGCCUAUAUUCUGUGUUUGGUGCUGAGCUUGGUGUGUGUGGUGCUGGUCAUCCACUGGAAUGCCUCAUACCGGGGUGGCUUUUCCUGGGACGGGAAAAUCACACAGUUCAACUGGCAUCCCGUGCUCAUGGUGCUCGGGCUGGUAGUGCUGUACGGAAACGCUGCUGUGGUGUAUCGUAUCCCGCUGUCCUGGACACAGGAUAAACUGCCAUGGAAGAUUCUUCAUGCCUGCCUCCUCCUGCUUGCUUUAAUCUUCACCAUCAUAGGCUUGUGUGCUGUGUUCACCUACCACAACACCAAUGAAAUACCCAACUUAUACUCACUGCACAGCUGGGUGGGAAUCCUCACCAGUGCCCUGUUUGCUGCUCAGUGGGUUGCUGGAUUUGGAGCAUUCCUCCUUCCGUGUUCCCCCAUGCCAUUGCGAGCGUUCAUCAAACCCGCUCACGUGUGGAUGGGAGCCAUCAUCCUAGUCCUCAGUGUUGUAUCCUGCAUCUCCGGCAUUAACGAGAAGCUGUUUAUGUCACUAAAGAAGGGAACCAAUGAGACGCUGCCGUACAACCAGCUGCCAUCGGAGGCAGUACUCGGCAAUUCGCUUGGAAUCGUCAUCGUGGCAUUGGCACUGGUUGUCUUGAAAAUCCUGUCCAAUCAGAACUGGCAACGUCCUGAAUCAAGGAGUGAAUCGACGGGCUACAGGCAACUGCCAGGGAAUGACGGCUGAAGUCUCAGAGCUUUAUCUUUCAUGAUGCAGUGACGUUAUUCUGUCUGCUUCAUGGGUUACAUUCUGGAUCAAUUAAACAAACAGAUACAGAAAAGAAUUAUUGCUUUUAGCUCUUUUAUUACAUUAUUUAUUCACUUCUAAUUACACCAGGUGUUUUCUCUUUAAGAGUAGAUCAGCACAUCACUAAACAAAGAUCAACGAAAAAGUGUGUACCAUGAUAAAUAAAAAAAAGAGAGAAUGAAUGUUCGGAGCUCUGUACUACAAUAUGUGAAGUGAAAAUAAUAUAAAUCUUCUAUUGAGAAUAAAGAACAUAUAGAUCUUAAAAUAAA